UCAACCAGAGAACAUGAUGCCUCCUGCAAGUCAACUCGUGUACUCUCGCAAACACAGCUGAAAUAUUAGCGCUCUAUUGUAUUGAAGGAGGUGGCGUGACACAUCGCCGCGCUCCUAAACGCUCCUCUGCUUCUCCUGCUGAGUUUGAGCGAGCACCCUGGCCGGCACGCUGGCAUUUCGACACGUUUUAGCCUCUGCUGACCUCGUUAUCUUGAGGCUCAAGUGGCAGGUCUCUGUCUUCUCGCCCCAAACCCUAGUGUUUCACUAACAGCAUGGUCAUGGCUGACUGUCACCAAAAGCCAGUGCUCAGGGGUCCCGUCCGAGUGGGCUUCUACGAUAUCGAGCGGACUCUUGGAAAGGGCAAUUUCGCUGUUGUGAAACUGGCAAGACACCGUAUAACCAAGACAGAGGUGGCUAUAAAGAUCAUCGACAAGACCCAGCUGGAUGCUGUGAACCUGGAGAAGGUCUAUCGUGAAGUACAAAUCAUGAAAAUGCUGGACCAUCCGCACAUUAUUAAACUGUACCAGGUCAUGGAGACCAAGAAUAUGCUGUACCUUGUGACAGAAUACGCCAAGAACGGGGAAAUCUUUGAUUACCUAGCCAAGCAUGGACGGCUGAGCGAACCAGAGGCACGACGCAAGUUCUGGCAAAUUCUGUCUGCUGUUGAGUACUGCCACAAUCGAAACAUCGUUCACCGGGACUUGAAGGCGGAGAAUCUGCUGCUAGAUGGACACAUGAACAUCAAGAUUGCUGAUUUCGGCUUUGGAAAUUUCUUCCAGUCAGGAAAGCCCCUGGCCACAUGGUGCGGGAGUCCUCCAUAUGCAGCCCCGGAGGUGUUUGAGGGACAGCAGUAUGAAGGACCCCAGCUUGACAUCUGGAGUAUGGGGGUGGUUCUGUACGUGCUGGUGUGUGGCGCCCUGCCCUUCGAUGGCCCCUCUCUCCCCGUCCUGCGGCAGCGAGUUCUGGAGGGCCGUUUCCGUAUCCCUUACUUCAUGACAGAAGACUGUGAGCAUCUGAUCAGGCGGAUGUUGGUGUUAGACCCCUCCAAGCGUCUGUCUAUAGGACAAAUAAAGGAACACAAGUGGAUGGUGAUGGAGGUGCCUGUGCAGCGGCCGAUGUUAUAUCAGCAGACUGUAGAGGGGGAGGCUGGUGUGGGAGAAUACAGUGAACAGGUGCUCCGAUUGAUGCACAGCCUGGGCAUCGAUCAGCACAAAACCAUAGAGUCUCUUCAGAAUAAGAGUUAUAAUCAUUUUGCUGCUAUCUACUACUUGCUGGUUGAGAGGCUAAAGGCUCACCGCUGCAGUUUCCCAGUGGAGCCCCGACUCGAUGCCCGCCAGAGACGUCCCAGUACGAUUGCAGAGCAGACUGUGGUCAAGGCGAGCAGCGCUGCUCCUCAGGUGAGCCUCCUGCCUCAGAACAUACGCCUCCUGCGAUCCCCAGCUGUGCCUCAAGCCUCUGCAGACUCCUUCACGUUUCCACAGUCCUCCUGUGCUACAGAACACAGUCUUAUGGAGGAGGAGGUUGGGACUCCCAAAGUGAGUGAAAAAUGGAUUAGAGGUUGAAUUAUGGGGGAAUUAAGCUUUUGUUACUCUGUAGCCUGUUUAGGCUGUAGCAUAGCAAAUGUUUAAGAUCUCCUAAAUUUUGAGUGCCAAUACCGUCGUUAGAUGAAAUGGAGACCGAGAACCAGUCCAAUAUAUAGUUUUUGUUGAAGGGCAAUAUUUUUCCAUUAUAUUUUUUAAGGUAUAGAUAGGAUGGAUGGAUAAAAGACGGGUAGAUAGACCGAUGUAUGGAUCAAGGACUGAUGGAUGGAUAGAUUAAGGAUGGACAGACAGACAGAUAGAUAGAUAUAAGAUGGAUGGAUGAAUCAUAGAUAGAUAGAUAGAUAGAUAGAUAAGCUGGUACAAACAUCUGUUGUGACAGGAGUUGAGUCUGACUGCAGACCGUUGAGUGCUCUUGCACUCCUUCCCUACAUUGCUGUUAAGCAACUUCAGUCCUUACUAGGUCAUGCAGUGGGCCUGGCUGUUUGGUCAGGCCUCCUCAUCACGCCUGCUCCCCGAGGAGCCUUUUGUUCAGAACCAUCCUGACAGACGGCCAGAUCGGCUGCCAGCUUGGCAUACAGAACAGGAAUAACAGCACAGGAGCCGGCAAGCUCUGCCACUCCAUCUCCUCACUAGAGUCCUAGUUACGCUGUCUUCAUUUUUAUCUGUCUGUCUCUCUCUCAGUUGUCACUCUGAGAUUGUAGUCUGCUCUCUCCUAGACUCUUCUUUCAUGCAAAUACUUAGUUUUGUUUUAAUGCCUUUUGUGUCGAUGAGGGAGAAG